AUGUCCCGCACACAACAACACUAUGCCCACAUCAAGCCGUUCGAGAUCUGGCAACGAGACACCGCUCACCAGAGCACCAUGGGCCACCAUGGCCUCGCCACUCUGCGCGACACCGCCGUCCGCGGCAUCCGAGCCGCAGAACCCCAGGGCAGCGUCCCUAGCUACCCGGAACAUCUAAACUCUUCCUACAACCAACAUGCCCCUACGUACCUCAAGAUACUACCCGCUCGCAAAACACAACAACAGCAGUCAACCCCUGGACCGCCAUCUGUCCCAUUGCCUUGA